AUGACAGAUUUAUCUGCGUUCAACGUCACUUGCUUCCCCAGCGGGAAUGUCCCAGGAGGAUCUGCAUAUGAACAAGAUAUAAAUGAGUCACACGACAUCACGAACGUUACGGGCUUUACCGCAGCCCUACAGCUUCUUUACCCAGCAGACUCUGUCAAUCCUUCCAGCAAAUCUCCAGUGAAAGGCGGAAAACUGCCUGGCUUAUAUGGUGGCCAUACAGGUUGUUCUGGGGGUGCUGCCGCCGAAGACUGCCUUAGCACACGACUCAUGUGGAGGCCGGGUGGUGCCGGGGAACCAUAUCUCGACUGUCGAUCCACUCGCAUUGCCUUGUAUUCCAAUCCCCAGUCAGUCUGCGAUUACGAGUAUGGGCUCUCAAUAGGCAGGGGGUCGUUCCACUAUAGCAGAGGCAAUUGGACGAACUUGCGCCAGGACAUCGUGCUCAACACACCUGGGAAGCAGGAUGGGGCGUUCACUUUGUUCAUGGACGGGAAGCAGGCGACAAACCGGACGGACAUAUUUUAUCCAAACACAAGGUGGUCUGCCGGGAAUUCUGGCUGCAGGAACGGCUACAGCACAAGAAACAUCGGCUUCGUCAGACGUUUCUUCAGCACUUUCUUCGGCGGGCACGGAGACGGCUGGGCGACUCCCAAACAACAGUAUGCGUGGUUCAAAGACUUCGCCAUGACGCACAACUCCUGA